AUGGCUUAGAGGCAGCUAUGAUGUAAUCAGGCAGGGAGGCAGAGUCAGAGCUGGAUCCAAGCCGCUCGCCACGGACGCUUCUCUGCAGCGAGGAAACCCGGAACGAAGCCUUCAGGAAGCGGAUUGAGGGAGCAGAUCGGCGUCGGUGGAGGAUGGAGGAUGGAGGAUGGAGGAGUCAUGCUGCGGGGGUUUGAUCGGAUCCUUUCUCCUCCUCCGGGGAAGAGGCGAGUGGAUGCGGGAUGCUGCUGGUGAAAUUCCCCAUCUGUCAUAGAUGUAAUUAACCCUCUUUGGACCAGGAUUCACCAAACCGAGGAAACGCGGAUAUCUGCGGGUCCUCAGCUCCACAUCUGGCCGCUCUAACUGUCUCCUUUUCUCCCAGGAUGAUGACAGGAGCUCCGGCUUUCAGCGCAUUCAGGCCCUUCAUUCCUGCAGCUCGGAUCUGAUGCUUUAAGACGGAUCAGUUUCUGUAGCAAACAGACAUCUGCUGCCAGGAUCCAUUUCCCUUUCUGAGUGAUUUUUAAUGCAGACCGUGGGUUUGGUUGCAGAGUCCAUGCAGUAGCUGCCCACUGUGGGCCCCUGUGACUCCACAGGAGCGUGGGGGCUUCUGACCGUCUCACAGGGGGACUGCAGGUCCUUCCAGCUCAGGGUUGAACCAUGGCCAAUGAACCUGUCAUCCUGAAUGUUUAUGACAUGUACUGGAUAAACGAAUACACCUCCAAUCUGGGCAUUGGAGUCUUCCAUUCAGGGAUCGAGAUUUAUGGCCGAGAAUUUGCAUACGGCGGCCAUCCUUACCCUUUUAGCGGCAUCUUUGAAAUCAACCCUGGCAACGCUGCCGAACUGGGAGAGACUUUCAAAUUCAAGGAGGCUAUUGUUUUGGGCACCACAGACUUCACAGAAGAGGACAUAGAUAAAAUCAUGGAGGAGCUGGGUAAAGAGUUCAAAGGGAACGCCUACCAUCUAAUGCACAAAAACUGCAACCACUUCUCCUCCUCGCUGUCUGAGUUGCUCUGUGGAAGAGAAAUCCCUCGCUGGGUCAACAGACUGGCAUAUUUCAGCUCCUGCAUCCCCUUUCUGCAGAGCUGCCUGCCCAAAGAGUGGCUAACCCCGGCCGCUCUGCAGAGCCACAUCAGCCUCGGCCUUCACAAAGAGGAGCAGAACGAGUCGAGCGACGAGGACCCUUCGUCGCCGUCCGGGGCGGCUGGCUCUGGCUCCUCCCACAAAUGUCGCCACACCCGGGUCUGAACUCAACCCUCGUCUUCUGAACUGUGGACUCAUCUGUCACUGCUACUGGUGACCUCAGUAGGCUUGAGCAACCAUCUGACCUCAUACUGUUUGGCCUCUGAAUGAAAAGAGAUGGAGUGAAACGAGUCUUCUCUUUAGAGCAGGAACUGCUGACAGACACUUCAGACCUACAGACUCCCCAACAAACUCUGAGACUUGAAGGAUGACUUCAACAGUAAAUAUAGAUCUGAAGUUUGUAGUAUAACAUUCUGAGUCUUUUACAAAAAAACAUCAAAACCUUUGUCAGCCUUGUUCCCUGCCCUGCCUUCAAAGCUGCUUUUGUAGGAAAAAAAAAACAUUUCUAGAUAGUAAAAUUACCAGGAAACUGCUAAUCUUUGCAAGUCCUCGUUAAAUAACCUCUAUGUGGCCUUCAGAUGACAUUGCUGAGUCCAGUUUCCUAACAUUUAACUAUUCUUUGGCCAAUUUAGAGAAUGAACAGGUCAAUCAGGCAUGGGGGUUGGAGUUGUUAUUUAUUGAAGGGAAAAUGUUGCAUGUUAGUAGGAUGUCAGAAAUAAGACAACUUAACUGUAACCUUUAAUAAAGUAUGUGACCCCUAAAGAUUUUUGUAAUCACAUUUAAAUGAUCAAACUCAUUUCAGUGAGUUAUAAUCUAAGUUAUAAUCUAAUCUAAUCCUCCCUACAGUUGCAGAGUUACUAAGCCAUUAGCUGAGUAACCAGUUUUCUAAUGGUUGCAAACAAUCAGAGGUAAAUGCUUUUAGAACAGCUGCUGUUCAUCGAGCCUCAAGCAGCUCGGUCGUUUUCUCUGACCGUCUCAGAGAAAACGCUAUAGUUGCUCUUAGUUACCAACUACAUUUUCUGACUACUCUUUUUUUAUUCCAGUGAUCUUUAUACUGUAAGCUGCUGAUGAUGGAUAGAAAAUGUUGGUUUCCAGCCAGAAAUGGCUCCUCUUAUAAACUCUGUUUUCACCAUUUGAACUGCAGAAAUAGAGGUGCUGAGAAACAAAAGAGGUGGAAAUCUAUUAUAUUCUAAACUUCAAGAGCCUGAUAUCCAGUCUGUGGUUAUUUUCAGAAUAGCAUUAAGAUUGGCCACAGUUCAAACAACUGUAUUUACUUUUUAAACCGUUUCUUGUUCAUACAGAAAAUCAUGAAAAUACGGAUUUCUUUUUAGAGUUUAUGUGCUGAACUGUGCUUAGCUUAGGAACAGCUGCAUAGGAAGAGAGGCUCCUUAUGGGAGAAGUCUCAUAUUUUAGAGGAUAAAUAAUCAGCUAUAAAAAAAGGAUUGGUUUUCCCUUUGAUUUAUUUUCUUUGUGAUGAUUAUGCAAGCCAUAGACAUGCUGAAAAGAAGAUGAUACCUUUGGAGAGGGAUGGGCUCAUCUUUCCACACAUUGCAGAUCUGUCCACAACUUGCUUAAACUCUUUUACUCAAAAGUUAAAAAAUUCAAGAAAGGAUCAAACAAGUCCAAAUAUUUGCAGUAAAAAAUAUGCUGAAUUCAAACUGACUUGAGAAACACUCUUCAAACAUAAAGAGCUUCUGAACUUGGAAGAAUAUUCUGUCAUUUGGAGUAUCUUUAAUAAGUUUUUUUUAUUUAGUUUGGUGUUAUUUGGCUAAGAAACGUAAAGAAAUCUCUGUAAAAUAUGUUCUCUCAUUAGUCCAGCAGAGAAGUAGGAGUAAAUUGUGCACUAUUAAUAUUCUUUAAUACAUACUUCUACUUUUCAUGCCAUAUUCCUCAAUCAAUUUUCUUGGGUUCUUAUAUGAUUGACCAACAUAAAGGAUUACAUUGUUGCCACAAUGGAAAAAAUGGAAAUCUAGAUAAGUCAUUUUUUUUCUUAAAAUAAGUGCAUUUGUUCUUGGAUUAAGGAGGUAAAAGAGAAAUUUUGCCAAAAGAACAAGACUAUUUAGAUUUAAAAUAAGA